AUGGCUGCCCCCAAUGCGCCCCUGCAGACGCGCAUGGUCGACGACAAAUCGCCGAUCUGCAUCCCCUUCAUCCUGUCACGCCUGGCCGAGUACCGGGCCCAGCAGGAUGGCGAGACCCAUCCGCGGCCGUUCAUCGUAGGGCUGAACGGGGUGCAGGGCGUGGGCAAAACGACGCUGGUGCGUGCCCUGGCGGAGACGCUGCAGGAGCGCGAGGGCCUGCCAACGCUGGUUGUCAGCAUCGACGACUUUUACCUCACCCACGCCGACCAGCUCGCACUGGCUGCUGCGCACCCAGACAACGCGUUGGUGCAGUAUCGCGGCGAGCCGGGGACCCACGACCUAUCUCUCCUCACCCAAUUCCUCACCUCCCUCACCACCAACCCAACCAAGCUCACUCCAAUCCCCCAAUAUGACAAAUCCGCCUUCUCCGGCCAAGGCGACCGCCUCCCGCCGUCCACCUGGCCCACCACCGACCCAACCAACCCGCCACAAGUGUUAAUCCUCGAAGGCUGGUGCGUCGGCUUCCGGCCCCUCUCCCCACCCCUCCUCGUCGAGUCCAAAUGGAAAUCCGCCGGCUCUCGCACGCUGCACAACCACAAGCUGGACCACCUCCUCUUCAUCAACUCGAAGUUGGAAGACUAUGACCGCGUCAUCAACAGCGCGCUGGACGCCUUUAUCCACAUCGACGCCGAGGAUACCGAGUACGUGUACGCGUGGCGGGCGGAGCAGGAGGCGCAGUUAAGGAGGGAAAGGGGCGCGGGUAUGAGCGAGGAGCAGGUGAUCAAGUUUGUGGAUGCGUACUAUCCCGCGUACGAGCUGUUUGCGGAAGGGGUAAGAGGAGGGGUCUUUCGUGGGAAAGAGGGGAGGAAGGGGUGUCAGUUGAGGUUGGUUGUUGGACGGGACAGGACGGUGAAGGAGAAUAUGGUGAUAUGA